AAAGAAACGGGGAGCUCGAAACUCCCAUCUGCUGACGCAACAGAAAUAUGACGCUGCUGAAGCAGAAGGUUGCGUGCGGGUUAAAUGUUAUUAAAGGACACCAAAUACACUUUUGACACAUAUUUUAAGACACUGGUAUUAUAAAGUUUACUGCAGCCCAAAUGUGAUGCACGCCUUGUUGACUGCGCUACACGAACGAACCGUUACAUAACACAACCUAAAACGAGAAGAUAUGCAAUACAGUUGAUGUUUAAUCUCAAUCACUGUUUAACCAAACUACAAUGAAUCCAUUGUUUGCAUACAUGCAGGGUUUAUGUAACACAUCAUGUCUUGAAAUGCACUGAAACGCAAUGGGGGGUUUGAGUUUUUUAAAUGAUUUGAUCCGGCGCGCGUAAUGCAGAAGUGCGGUCGCUGUCCGCGGUUCUGAACACUGCAGGCGGAUGCUGAUGCAUCAACAGGAAUCAAUGCAGAGCAAACGCUGUUUCCCUUAAAAAAACAUCAGCAUUGGUAAAGAGUACAAAUAUGACCCAGAUCAUGUAGUAAUGUGACAGACAGGUGCUUAUAAAGACAGAUUAUAUAAAGUAUUAUGAUGUUGCGUAUCAGGUUAGAGAUUCCAAUGCAACAUUUUACAUCAUCUGUCUUUAAAGAUUUGCUAUUCCCGCAUUGCAUUUGCAUUUGACAUCUUACUGUUUUCAAAAUGUUGCUCCUCCCUCUCAUGUCACCGUUUAAAGAUCAUAUGUCGCCCAGGGCUUUUAGUUCAACAGUGUUGCGAAGGUAAUGGCCGCCUGUCACUCACAAACGCGCAUCAUUUUUCCGCAAUGGUCUUCAGGAAAGUCGCUGCUACGUCACGCCCCUGUGCCCAUUUUCGGAGGGGAACCCCGUCACAUCCUCUGCCCAUAUUUGGGCAAGAACCUUAUGUAGUCAGCACACGGCGGGGAAUCCUCCUGUCGACGUAGAUGAAUAGGGGCGGAGUCUCGGUCGAGCAGAAUGGUAUAAAAGGGAGACGAGGGAUUCCGGUAAACGAAUCGACGGAGAUCAAAAUCUGGAGAUAGCCAAAGGAGUUCUGCUUUACUGGAACAGGAAAAGGAAAUCCCAAAACAUUACCUGAAGGAUUGCCAUUGCACAUAUUUCAAACGAAAUUCCUUGUGGAUUUUGAUACAUAUUUUAUCCAUUUUACACCAUUUGUAAGAAGAAACCAUGCUGAACACAGUGGACUUCAGCGCUCUGGAUCUCCUCUGCGCUCAAACUGCUGCUAUGGAGGGACAAUCUAGCGUUCAGAUUCAGCCAGAUGCUGCUUGCGGGUUGGUGAAGCCCAAAGUGGAACCAAUGGAUGCUGGUUUUCCAGAGUGCUCGAACGACGGCCUCCCACCAUCUCCACUGACAUACACAGGCAGUUUCUACACCGAGACAGGGCCGUGCAGCGCAGACGCCCUGCUCAACUUGCUUACAGAAAUCGUCGGAAUCUCCACGGCACCCAUUUCCGAGCUAAACACUGAAAACUUCUGCAGUGGAAACUCUCGUGGAAGCGCACUGACACGUCAGGAGUCGUUAUUAUCCACAGGAAGCUCUUUGGGUUCCCCUGAACCUUUCUGCAAUGAUUCCUCAGAUGAACUAAUGGACAGCUCCGUUGCGCAGCAGAGUUACCCCGUGACUGUUAAGAGUGAGUUUGGGAGCAGUUGUAACGGCUGUGAUAUUUUCGACUGCUUCACUGCUCCCGGUAGCUCUCAAACUUACGAACCCUCAGACCUGGACGACAUCAUUGAUUUGUUGUCUCCACUGGGUCCCGAGACAGACUCUAUUUUGGACACUUGGAUCAAGCAGGAACCCUUAGAUGAAGCAAGUCAACUAAUCUACUCCCCCAACCUCCAGAUUCCCGUUGCAGCACCCGCCUCCCUGGAAACCGGCCUCUACAGAACCGUUUCAUUUCCCAACGCGUUUGGGCUCGGUUGCACUACCACAGCGUUGGCCGACGCUUUGGACUCUAUUUUCGCCGCCAACACGCUAGCUCAGAGGAGCCGAGCGCACGCAAGUAAAGCCGGGCGAUCCAGGAAGGGCGCGGCCCGCGAGAAGCCCUUCUCGUGCCCGAUGGAGAACUGCGACCGCCGCUUCUCUCGUUCCGACGAGCUUAACCGCCACGUCCGCAUCCACACCGGCCACAAGCCCUUCCAGUGCCGCGUCUGCCUGCGCUGCUUCAGCCGCAGCGAUCACCUCACAACGCACAUGCGCACCCACACAGGAGAGAAGCCGUUUUCUUGUGAUGUUUGCGGGCGUCGCUUUGCGCGCAGCGACGAGAGGAAGAGGCACGGACGCGUGCAUAUUAAACAACGCGAACGAAUGCAGCAGAAGACAGAGCUCCUGGCUGCGUGUGGGUUUACUCUGCCCGGACUUGUGUGAGCUCCAGGGACGUUUAUUUGCUUUUCCACUUUGGGAAGUUGAUGGCUCAAGCCGUGCGCAUGCAGUUCAUGCGCGACAGCGCAUCAGUGAUGAAAUGAAGAGGAGUCUUAGCGGAACUGAUCUGGGUCGAGCACCACACUUGUGUUGAUGUGUGUUAAGAGCUUGGCAUGCAGCUACGAAGUCGAACUGUAUGAGAACGAUGAAUGGUCUGGAAAAGCCAGGUCGUUUACAGCACUUCCAGUGCGCGGCACCUGCGCUACAGUCGGAGCAAGAAAACGAGACUCAAACCUCAGAUCGUUGUUUCUGACAUAGGCUAAAUGAAAUGUCUUGCAUGUCCUGGUCAGUACGAUGUAAAUGUGUAUGUGUCUUACACUUCUAUACCACACUGGCAUGCAAAUGUGAUCUUUGAUCUUGUUGUAUUUUGAUACAUCACUUUGUAAUCAUGAAAAGAGAACUAUAUUUGUAUAUUACUAAUUGUAAUUUUGUAUUUGUCAAUUUUCAAGAGAAUACGAAAAAUCUAUCUUAUAGAUUUUCAUAAGUGAUUGUAUUCCACUUUUGACAGUAGAAUGUGUCUGAUUGGUUCUUGGGAACCUGACGCGAUAGAUUAUUAAAAAAACUUCAACAUAGUAGUUGAGUUGCAGUAGCACACUUACACGUGCAGUUAACCCCCGGUUGCCGGGGUCGUUUCGACAUUGAUGUCUAUUUGCCUUUGGAAGUUGUUCUUGUGCAAUGAAAAGCUGUUAAAUGCCUUGUGAAUAGGCUAUG